AUAGUCAUCGCCGACUGCUCCCUGCCAGACAUGCCGCUCAUCUAUGCAAAUGAGGGCUUCACACGCAUGACGGGCUACGGGCGGCACGCCGUGCUGGGCCGCAACUGCAGGUUUCUGCAAAACCCGCCGGCCGGCACCACCGCCAACGCCGCCGGAGCGGGGACCGACCCGGAGGUUGUGGCGGCGCUGCGCGAGUCGAUCGCUGCGGGGCUGCCUUGUGUGGUGCAGCUGAUGAACUACAAGCGCAAUGGCGACCCAUUCAUCAACUACCUCUCCCUCAACCCAGUACACGACACCGGCGGCAGGCUGACGCACUAUGUGGGGGUGCAGGUG